GUCUCGGGGCCGACCCAUUUCCACUUGGGAGUUGUAGUCCUCGAUCUAGUAAAGGAAAGGAGGUGGCAGCUUCCAAAUUUUGAAUCAGUCCGAAGGGGUUAAAAGAAGAGGACAUUCCAUAUAUCCUGCAAGGUCAAGCUCCUCGGGCCCAUUUCUUGGUCUUACGAGUGGAGGCCGAAGGGGGUGGAAGGCGGAUCCGAGAGGGGCGGGGAGACGUACGUCGACGCGGGCGUGACCCUGCCCAAUAGGAUUUGGCGGGAUUUCCGAAAGCUGCAAGGCAGAUCGCGCGCUGCCUCUGGAGCCCAGGCCUGAGGAGAGCUGAGUUGCUUUGCAGGAGCGUAGUUGGGAGCUGAGACUUGUCCAGGUUUUGUGCAGAAGGCCGGAGCAAGGGAGUGGAGAAGUGGGGCGCAGGAGAGGAGGUCUGCCGUCCGAGCGGGGUCGGGGUUCGCGCCGGUCCCUCGAACGGAAGUCGGAGCCGAGCGUAGCCCGCCGGAGCGAGUAACGCUACAGGCCGAGUAUUGGACACUGAGUUAUGGCUAUGCAGAUGCAACUUGAAGCAAAUGCAGAUACUUCAGUGGAAGAAGAGAGCUUUGGCCCACAACCUAUUUCACGAUUAGAGCAAUGUGGCAUAAAUGCCAAUGAUGUGAAGAAAUUGGAAGAAGCUGGAUUCCAUACUGUGGAGGCUGUUGCCUAUGCACCCAAGAAGGAGCUAGUAAAUAUUAAGGGGAUUAGUGAAGCCAAAGCUGAUAAAAUUCUGACUGAAGCAGCUAAAUUAGUUCCAAUGGGUUUCACUACCGCAACUGAGUUCCACCAAAGACGUUCUGAGAUCAUACAGAUUACUACGGGCUCCAAAGAACUUGACAAACUACUUCAAGGAGGAAUUGAGACUGGAUCCAUCACAGAGAUGUUUGGAGAAUUCCGAACUGGGAAGACCCAGAUCUGUCAUACUUUGGCUGUAACAUGCCAGCUUCCCAUUGACCGAGGGGGAGGUGAAGGAAAGGCCAUGUACAUUGACACCGAGGGUACCUUUAGGCCAGAACGGCUGCUGGCUGUGGCUGAGAGAUACGGCCUCUCUGGCAGUGAUGUCCUGGACAAUGUAGCUUAUGCUCGAGGGUUCAACACAGACCACCAGACCCAGCUCCUUUAUCAAGCAUCAGCCAUGAUGGUAGAGUCCAGGUAUGCACUGCUAAUUGUAGACAGUGCCACCGCCCUGUACAGAACAGACUAUUCCGGUCGAGGUGAGCUUUCAGCCAGGCAAAUGCACUUGGCCAGGUUUCUGCGGAUGCUUCUGCGACUUGCUGAUGAGUUUGGUGUAGCAGUGGUGAUCACCAACCAGGUGGUAGCCCAGGUGGAUGGAGCAGCCAUGUUUGCUGCAGAUCCUAAAAAACCUAUUGGAGGAAAUAUCAUUGCUCAUGCCUCAACAACAAGACUGUACCUGAGAAAAGGAAGAGGGGAAACCAGAAUUUGCAAAAUCUACGACUCUCCCUGUCUUCCUGAAGCUGAAGCCAUGUUUGCUAUCAAUGCAGAUGGAGUGGGAGAUGCCAAAGACUGAAUCCUUGUUUUUUUUUUUCUCCUUUGAUAAACCUUAAGUGCUUCAGCAUAAUGGAGAGGACUGCUCCCUGGGGUUCUUCACAGG